AUGCAAUUCUCCGCCGAGCACGGGACGGUGGCCCACAACUACGUGACAUUCUACACGAUGGACACCACCGAGGAAGUUCUCAUCUACAUGCCGCCCUCGUAUCACAAGCCGGGCAGCGAAACACGUCUCUACCCUGUGCUCUACCUCUUGCACAAUGACGGUGAGCAAGCGAUGAACUGCGUACAAGAGGGUAAGGUGAACAUCAUUGUCAACGGCAAGAUAACGAUAGUCAUUGUGAUGAAGAGCAGUGUGAGCACACGCGGCGAUGGUGAGUGUCUUCCAUGCGAUGCGGAUCACCUGUGCGAAGACCUGACGAAGGAUAGCAUGCCGCAGAUCGACAGCCACUACCGCACCGAGGCAGAUUGCGACAAUUGCACCAUCGUUGGUCUCUACACGUGCUUCAUAAAGAUCAGCAGGCUCUGCACGACUCGCCACGACCUCUUCGCCUACGCCGGCGUGCUCUCAGGCUUCCUGCGCACCAGCUGGAACAGCGUCAGUACGGACGGCGACCACAUCGACGACCUGUGCCGCCACCGCGCCGUGUUCGAGUCGGACGACGCGCUGCUCGCGGAGCUUGGCGAGGCGUGCGAGCGGCGCAUCUAUGCAGGAUUGCACAGCUGGCAAGUGUGA